GAGUGUGUGAAGCCUCCUGCGUUGGUCUGACCCAGUGUGUGUUUGUGAAUGUGCUUAAAUGAGUGUGUGUGCUCACGGCAGCUGGCAGAGGUGACAUUCAUCAGUUUGACUCGUUUGGAAUAAAUGAAAAGCUUCGAAAUCUGGAUAUUUACAUGAACCAGAGAUGCCCUGUGUACAAACCCAAUAUGCAUCCCUCCCCCAUGACACCUACUUCAACUCUGAGUUCUUAAAUCCUGACCUCAGUGCCAAACUGAUGAUGGACAUCAGUGGGCAAAUGGACCAGCUGUCUGCAUCUUCGUUGCCCAGCAUCAACACCUUGGUGGGAAAUGGCUACAUGGGGGAGUUUGAUGCUUAUUCCUGCAAGAUUACCACAUCUCCUCCCGCCUCUACAGUUUCAUUCAGCCAUGCCACAGUAGCUGAAAACUCCUGCCCUCAGAUGCAGAGCCAAGCCUUCAAGCUGGAUGAUCUUCAGGUGUAUGGCUGUUACCCAGGAUCCUUUGCCCUCAGCUGCCUUGAUGAAACACUGUCGUCUUGUGAUUCUGACUACUAUGGCAGCCCAAUUUAUGCUGCUGCUUCUCCUCCGACACCAAGUUUUCAGACCCAGCCUGCACCUGUUUGGGAUUCCCCAUUCAGCCCCUACCCCUCAGCUACCCCAUCCUCUGUAGCUGAUAAGCCUGGCAUGACCCAGCAGCUCUCCUUUUUCACUUUCAGCCCCAUGCCAGAGCAGCACUCUCCCCUCGGACAGCAUCAGGAUGUUCAGCCAGGUCAGGACGAUCCUUUCUUCCUGUCCCCUCAGCAGCAUGUCUCUCCACUUCAUUGCCCCCCCAUGUCCUUGGAGAACAGGCCUCUUGAAAGUCCCAGAAUAGUGGAGGGGCCCAUGAUGUCUCCUAAAACCCAGAACCCAGGGUCGAGUGAGGGUCGCUGUGCAGUUUGUGGUGACAAUGCAUCCUGUCAGCACUAUGGAGUCCGCACCUGUGAGGGCUGCAAAGGUUUCUUCAAGCGAACUGUACAGAAAAAUGCAAAGUAUGUGUGCCUUGCCAAUAAAGACUGUCCAGUAGACAAGAGGAGGAGAAACCGCUGCCAGUUCUGCCGUUUCCAGAAAUGUCUCGCAGUGGGAAUGGUCAAAGAAGUUGUUCGCACAGACAGCCUGAAAGGUCGCCGGGGUCGUCUGCCAUCCAAACCCAAGACUAUGACAGAGGCUUCAUCCACGACCCCAAAUGUCAGCAUCAUAGCUUCUCUUGUGAGGGCUCAUUUAGACUCCAACCCAAGCAUUGGAAAGCUUGACUACUCCAAGUACCAGGAGACAGUGGACAACCUGAAAGAAAAGGAGGAUGCCGGUGAUAUCCAGCAGUUUUAUGACUUGCUGACUGGUUCUUUGGAUGUAAUAAGAAACUGGGCUGAAACCAUCCCAGGAUUCACAGAUUUCUGCACAGAGGACCAAGAGCUGCUCCUUGAAUCUGCCUUUGUUGAGCUCUUCAUUCUGCGAUUGGCCUACAGGUCCAAUCCUGAGAAGAGCAAACUGAUCUUCUGUAAUGGUGUGGUCCUCCACCGACUGCAGUGCGUUCACAGUUUUGGUGACUGGAUUGAUUCCAUCAUGGAUUUCUCCCAGAGCCUGCACCGAAUGAACUUAGACAUCUCCUUGUUUGCGUGCCUUGCAGCGCUAGUUAUCAUCACCGAUCGCCAUGGCCUCAGAGAGCCAAAACGGAUUGAGGACUUUCAGAACCAUCUCAUCACCUGUUUAAGGGAACACGUGAAUGGAAAUGGAUCAGAAGUGAGUCGGACCCAGCCCAACUAUCUUUCACGUCUUCUGGGUAAACUUCCCGAACUGAGGACUCUGUGCACACAGGGUCUACAGCGAAUCUUCUACCUUAAACUGGAGGACCUGGUCCCCCCUCCACCAAUAGUGGAAAAAAUCUUUAUGGAUACUCUGCCAUUCUGAAAAAAAAGAGCACAAAUGUGUUAUUUGCUAAAAAGAUAGACACAAAGCACCUCAUUGGACUGCCUUCUAUCACGCCGACUGGGGUGCUGACAAAUGCCUAACAUUGUUCAAGAGACCAUUAUUUUUCUAGAAAAAAAGUUAAAAGUUUUAAAAUUGAAUAUGGUACCUGUGUGAGUUGUGCAUAAUUUUUUUUCAGUUCAGUGUAUCUGUCAUAGACAGAGUUGAAAUGGUAUUACCAGUUCAGGACACAGUUUAUAUAUAUAUUUGUGUGCAUUUGUAAAAUGACUUUAUUGCUGUGCUAGAUGUGUGAAUGUUGUCCUGCUAUGCAGCUAGGAAGACAUGGACAUUUGGGUAGAUGCAAUACAUUACAUUCUCAGCUUUUUCCUAAAAACAAAAGAAACACACUAAUCUCUUUAAAAGCAAGUUUUUAAAGUUGCUUUUCAAUCCCACUAAGAAGCUGAGAUAGAUUAUUUAGUAAAAAAGGGCAGGCAGAAUCACAUGUCUUGUUUCUUUAAAGAGCUGUGCUUUUCAAAAGGGAAAAUUUGUUUGUAUCACAAAAGAUAGUUUUAGUACUAAUUGUUCUCCUGUGGAAAGUCUUGGACCAAAGUUUACUCUUACUUUGAUACUACCAGUUACUGCCUUAAAUCAAACAACAUAUUCUUGUGUUUGCAACACCUUGUGAAGGCUGAUGCUGGCAGGGUUUCUGCUGAACUGUACGUCCCUGUACCAGAGUAACACAAAAAUGAACCCGCUGAAUGAAAACUCAAAGUGCCUUUUUAAAAACCUCAGUCCUCUAACCAUAGUGAGCGACACUAAGUGAAUUUUCAUUCCAAAUAAAGCCUGCAGAGAGACCCAGUUAUUACAGAACGAUAUAAUCUAGUUCAUUAAUUUUGCUCUCAUGAAUGAUGAAUACGGUUUUAGGUCUUUGACAGCUUUUGAUAUGAAGUGCUUGAGGGUGUCAGUACAGUUUGACGAAGAGCAUACAAUACUUGACUGCACACUUCACUGCUAAACUGGAAGGACGUCAAGUGAUGACAGGUGGUUUAGGAUCAGCAAAGACUAAAUCCUGUUCACAUGUUUCUGAGGCAGCUAAAUUCAUAACUACAGCAGAGCCAUCCAGUUGAAAAUUAAAUUAAGUCCAGGCUCAUUUCAGAGUGUCCUUUAUCCACACGUAGACAUAACCUUUUUAUGAUUUGUUUUCCCACAACUACGUCAGCUUGUUUCUUGCCUUUUGCUCCAAAUGCAUUGCCCUACAUAUGUUUUUAACUUAAACUCUACGUUCAUAAAACUCCCCUUCUGUCUUCCACAUUUUUUUAAUAUGUUGCAUUUAUUUUUUAUUUUCAUCUCAAAAUGAACUUAAGAAAUACCUUAAGGAAUCACAUUGAAAUGUGAUGAGAAGAUGAGCAGCUAAGAGCACUUCAUAAAGUGUUCAAACAGUAUGAAGAAAAAUUGUUUCUCCUACUGUUUAUGUGUGUGUGUGUUGUUUGAGAUGUGUGUGGACUACUAGCAGGGCUUUCAUAAAAUGGUGGAGGAGUUUUGAAAGAGAAUAUUUGAUAUUAAAUCUUUUGGAAAAUA